UGUUGAAUUUGUUUACAAAUGCAUUUUAUCGAAAACCUUUUUCAGAAAGUUGCAAGACAAAUUUAAUAAAAUAUCGAUUGUAUAGCGUAAAAAAUAUAAAUUUUUCAGAAAUGGAGCUAGAAAUUUCACAGAGUAAUGAAAGACCAACGGUAAUUGUAGAACAAAGUGCCCAUGUGUUGAAUGAAGUAAAUGUUUUUUGCAAUCCAGUUCAAGAAUUCAACCGUGAUAUGAGUGUAGCAGUUUUAAAUGUUUUUGUUAAGAAACUAUGGGAGAAAACGCAAGCAUGUGCCACAAAUGAUUCAGACAAGAAUUUUGUUAGAGGAGUCAAAUGUGAAAACGGUAUUAGAAUUUUAGAAGCGUUGAGCGCAACUGGUUUAAGGGGGAUUCGUUAUGCAAAGGAGGUGCCAAAUAUAAAAGAAAUUAUAGCUAACGAUAUAAGCAAAAGUGCUGUUGCAUCUAUAACUAAAAACGUUUUUUAUAAUAAAGUUGAGCAUUUAGUAAACCCUACACAUUCAGAUGCAAUGACAUUAAUGUAUUUAGCAGCUACAAAACCAGAGGAGAAGUUUGAUGUUAUUGACCUAGAUCCAUAUGGAUGUCCAACUCAAUUUUUAGAUGGUGCGAUACAAAGUAUCAAUAAUGGUGGAUUACUUCUUGUAACUGCAACUGACAUGGCAGUACUCGCUGGCUCUAGCCCUGACACAUGUUUUGUUAAAUAUAGUGGCAGUAUAUCCUUGCGAAACAAAGCUUGUCAUGAAAUGGCUCUUAGAAUUUUACUACGAUCGAUUGAAACUCAUGCUAAUCGUUAUGGGAAAUACAUCCAUCCACUUUUGAGUAUUUCAGCUGAUUUUUAUAUUCGUGUAUUUGUUCGUGUAUUUACUGGACAACUUCAAUGUAAACAGAGUAUUUGUAAGCAAGCUAUGAUAUAUCAAUGUACUGGAUGUGAAACUUUUACGCUUCAACCUUUAGGAAUUAGGAAACCAAAUCCUAAUGAACAAAAUGCCCUUGCAACAAAGUUUGCGCUACCUACAGGACCUUCAAUUAAUAAAAAUUGUGAACACUGCUCACAUAAACAUCAUUUAGGCGGGCCUAUAUGGUCUGCUCCAAUACAUCAUAAACGUUUUGUAGAAGAUUUAUUAGAAAUGAUUGCAACAGAGCCCUUAUCAAACUUAGGAACACAUAAAAGAUUAACUGGCAUGCUAAGCGUUAUAUGUGAAGAGUUACCUGAUAUUCCGUUAUAUUAUUCAGUCGACAAAAUGUGUUGCGUAUUAAAAAUGGAAAUAGUACCGAUGUUGAAAUUUAGAUCAGCUUUGCUUCAUGCUGGAUAUCAAGUUUCUUAUUCUCACGCUUACAAAAAUUCUAUUAAAACCAAUGCACCACCAGCUGUUUUAUGGGAUAUAUUACGUUGUUGGAAUAAAAUUCAUCCAGUGAAAGAAAAGAGGUUAGUAGAAGGAAGUCCUACAGCGAAUAUAUUAUCGAAAGAACCAGAAGUAGACUAUAAUUUAAAUGAUAUUCAUCCACUCGCCAACCCAGAAAGUAGGAAAAAGGCUUUAGCCCGAUUCCCUGAAAAUCCAACAUCACACUGGGGUCCUGGAACACGUGCAACAGUAAUGAUUGGUCAAAAUAAAAUGCAAAAGAGCUAUAAGAACCAAAAUAAAAGAAGAAAAAUGAACGAAGAUGUCAUGGAUUGCUCCAUAAAAGAUAAUGAAAACUAGUUAUUUAAUUAAAUAUAUACAUAUAACGUUUAUUUAUAUAUGUAGAUAUUGUAUAUUUUAACUUUUUUUUUCAUCAAAAAAUAAUAAGUAUCAUGAACAAUAUUUUCCUUUGUUUUUAUGUAUUUAUAUUGUGCAAUUUAAAA